AUUUAAUACUAAUAAUUUCGUAUUUUGUAAUCUAUUCGAUAUUGACGGUAUUAGUGUAUUGCUAAACAUAUUUGGUCUUAGUUGCUUUUCCGGAAUAUUGAAUAGUAUUGAAGUGUAUUAAGUUUAAAAACGUUUAAAAAUUAUUGAAAAUGUCUCUUCUCAGUCAUUGUGGAAUUCAAGGUAUUCAAGAAAGCGGCAUUCAUGAUAUUACAAAGGAUGAAGUAUCCACUGGUACUACCAUCAUAGCAGCUACUUAUGACGGUGGUGUUAUAAUCGGAGCUGACUCUCGUACUACAACUGGAGCAUAUAUCGCUAACCGAGUUACUGAUAAGUUGACAAAAGUAUGUGACAACAUUUACUGUUGUCGGUCAGGUUCAGCUGCUGAUACACAAGCCAUAACUGAUAUUGUUGCAUACUACAUGGAUUUAACUAGCAUUCAAAUGGGUGAACCGCCAUUGGUCAGAGCUGCUGCCAAUGUGUUUAAAACCCUGAUAUACGAGAACAGACAUCAACUGACUGCUGGUAUCAUUGUAGCUGGGUGGGAUAGCAGAUUCGGUGGACAAGUAUAUUCAAUCAACGUGAGUGGUACCAUUGUCCAACAAAAUAUUUCAAUUGGUGGCUCUGGUAGUUCCUAUUUGUACGGUUUUAUGGAUUCUCAGUAUAAGGAUGGAAUGUCUCAGCAAGAAUGUGAAAAUCUUGUCCUUAACGCAAUUUCAUUGGCAAUUAAACGUGAUGGUUCAAGUGGAGGUGUUGUGCGUAUGGGAAUAAUAAACCAUACUGGUUCUAUUCAAAGGAAGUUAGUACUUGGAGACCAACUUCCAAAAUUCUAUGAUAAUAUCUAUGAAGAAAAACCUCAAAUUGAAGUAUCUGGAGGAGAUGCUGCUAUGGCUUAAAAUUUUUUUUUUUUUUUAAUCAUGAAUUGUUUUGAUAAUAAUAUCUAUAAAUUAAAUAAAAUUGAAUAAA